AUGUUGAUCACAACUGAAAGAAUUCUCAAGAGUUCAAAGGCAAUCAUUGCUGACUUCAUUAACAGGAAGGAUAAUCGCUUCAAUGUAUUAAUUGAGAAACAUAAGGCUUUCGUGCUUGUCACGUGUUUCAAUAUCAAGUGCACAAAUAAGGAAAUUGCCAGUCUUGUGAUUAAGUUUCUUAGUGAGUCACUCUCCAAGGGAGAUGUGCCUGCUGAUAAUAAGGAUUCAUUAGAAUUCGCCAUAGAAAGUAUAGGUGAGGCAUAUGGAGUGGAGAAGGGCGAUGUGGACAACAUUUUAGGUGAUAAGUUUGAUAAAAAGGGUCUCUCUGAAUUGAUUGAAAGUGCAUUAGCCACAAAAUCUCACAGUAAUACCGAGAAAUCUACCACUGGUAGAACUAAUGCUCCAUCUUCAUCAUCCAAUGGACGUGAAAAAGUGUCUGAGGAGACAAAACAGAGAGCCGAGGCUCACAAGCUUGAAGGAAACAAAGCCAUGGCCCGGAGAGAUUUUGAAGAAGCUAUUAGUAAUUAUACCAAGGCUAUAGAGCUUGAUUCGACCAAUGCGGUGUAUCUAUCGAACCGUGCAGCGGCUUAUUCUUCGAUUAGAAGUCAUGAAUUGGCUCUUGAGGAUGCUAAGAAGGCCAUUGAAGUUAAUCCGGAUUAUGCCAAAGCAUGGUCUCGUAUGGGCCUUGCAAAAUACGCCAUGGGAGAUGCUCAAGGGGCUAUGGAGGCCUAUGAACAAGGAAUGAAGGUUGAAGGUGACAAACAUUCGCCUGCUAUGCAGAAGGGCUUUGAAACUGCCAAGAAGAGAGUUACCGAGAAAAUGGCCAGUGGUUUAGGAAGUGUUGACGAGCCUAAGGGAACCUCUGCUUCUUCGUCAGAUUCUGCCACUGCUACUGAUGCCGGUUCUGCUGCCAAUCCACUGGCAGGUCUCGGUGGACUUGGCGGACUUCUCAACAACCCUCAGGUUAUGCAAGCUGCUCAAAAGAUGAUGCAGAAUCCUGAUGCUCUCAAAAAUCUCAUGAAUAAUCCUCAACUCAGACAAAUGGCUCAGAGUAUGGGUCUGGGAGGUGAUGCUGCAGGUACAGCUGGCGCUACUAGUGCUGCUGGCUCUACGGAUUCUGCAGAUGCAACGGGCGCUACGAAUGCCACUGGAACUCCUAGUCUGAAUGAUUUGAUGAAUAAUCCUAUGCUUCGUAACCUCGCCAAUCAAUUCAUGAACAACAAAGGUAACCAGGAUCAGCAACAAUGA